CUUCUGGCGCUCGUUUGAUGACGUAACACCAUCGGCAGGCAGUACAUUCUGUCGCGCAGAGGCCUGGGGACUUUUUUGUUUGUUUUUUAUGUUUUGAAAAAAUAUCUGCAUCUCAGCUACGUCAGUGUUUGCCUUGACUGAGGCCAUAUGUUUAUUAGGCAUUGCGUUUGGUCUGCGGACGGCCGAGCGGUGUAGCCGGAGGCUGACUUUGGUAUUUGGGUAGCACGCCAGCUGGACUCGGAGGCUAGAAGCCUUUGGGGAGGGGGGACAAAUCAAAAUAGUAAAAGCGAAAGAUGACAUCUCGAAGGUGGUUCCAUCCGAACAUCACCGGUGUGGAGGCGGAGAACCUUCUGCUAACCCGCGGAGUGGAUGGCAGCUUCCUGGCGCGACCCAGUAAGAGCAACCCCGGAGACUUCACUUUAUCUGUCAGACGUAGUGGAUCGGUCACCCAUAUCAAGAUCCAGAACACUGGGGACUACUAUGACCUUUAUGGGGGGGAGAAGUUUGCCACACUGGCAGAGCUGGUCCAGUACUACAUGGAGCACCACGGGCAGCUGAAGGAGAAGAACGGCGAUGUCAUCGAGCUGAAGUACCCACUGAACUGCGCUGACCCCACGUCCGAGAGGUGGUUUCAUGGUCACCUAUCGGGCCGUGAGGCAGAGAAGCUGCUGACGGAGAAGGGGAAGAAUGGAAGCUUCCUGGUGCGGGAGAGCCAGAGUCACCCGGGCGACUUUGUGCUGUCCGUGCGCACCGGCGACGACAAGACGGACAGCAGUGACAGCAAGCCCAAGGUCACCCACGUCAUGAUUCGCUGCCAGCACGACAUGAAAUACGACGUCGGAGGCGGGGAGAAGUUUGACUCCCUCACGGACCUGGUGGAACAUUACAAGAAGAACCCCAUGGUGGAAACGCUGGGCACCGUUCUCCAGCUGAAGCAGCCCCUGAACACAACCCGCAUCAACGCAGCAGAGAUCGAGAGCCGUGUGAGGGAGCUCAGCAAGCUGGCGGAGGCCACUGAUAAGGUCAAGCAGGGUUUCUGGGAGGAGUUUGAGACUCUUCAGCAGCAGGAAUGCAAACUUCUCUACAGUCGCAAGGAGGGACAGCGACCUGAGAACAAGAACAAAAACCGAUACAAGAACAUCCUUCCAUUUGACCACACCCGUGUGGUGCUCAAAGAUGGAGACUCAAAUGAACCUGGGUCAGACUAUAUCAACGCCAACAUCAUUAUGCCUGAACUGGAGUCAAAAUGCAACAACACCAAAGCGAAAAAGAACUACAUCGCCACACAGGGCUGUCUUCAGAACACCGUCAGUGAUUUCUGGAGGAUGGUUUUCCAGGAAAACUCUCGUGUCAUUGUUAUGACUACCAAGGAGGUGGAGCGAGGCAAGAGCAAGUGUGUGAAGUACUGGCCAGAAGUGUCAGCCCUGAAGGAAUAUGGCGCCAUGCGGGUCCGCAACGUCAGGGAGAGCUCCGCCCACGAUUACAUCUUGCGGGAGCUGAAGCUGUCCAAGGUCGGCCAGGGUAAUACAGAGCGGACCGUUUGGCAGUACCACUUUCGGGCCUGGCCGGACCAUGGUGUGCCUACCGAUCCUGGCGGCGUGCUUGACUUCCUGGAGGAGGUCAACCUGAAGCAGGAGAGCAUCCUGGAGGCGGGACCUAUUGUGGUUCACUGCAGUGCCGGAAUCGGACGGACGGGGACGUUUAUCGUGAUCGACAUCCUCAUCGAUGUCAUUCGGGAGAAAGGGGUGGACUGUGACAUCGACGUGCCCAAGACCAUACAGAUGGUGCGCUCGCAGCGGUCAGGGAUGGUGCAGACGGAGGCUCAGUACCGCUUCAUCUAUAUGGCCGUGCAGCACUACAUCGAGACACUGCAGCGACGCAUCGAGGAAGAGCAGAAGAGCAAGAUCAAAGGUCGUGAGUACACCAACAUUAAGUACUCGCUCUCUGACCUGACGGCCGGAGACCAGAGCCCAUAUCCCCCCUGCACGCCCACCCCAACCUGUGCAGAGAUGCGUGACGACAGCUCUCGCGUCUACGAGAACGUGGGACUCAUGCAACAGCACAAGACCUACAGAUGAGGCCCCCCCCCAGUCCCAGCACUUUGUGCCCCACUGGAGCAUUUGUUUUCCUUUUUCGUUAAUUUUUUUAAAUUUUUUUGCGCAAUUCUCUCCGCGCUGUGGCUGAGUUUCAGAGAUGCGGUCCUGACCAAAGGGAGCCCUGCAACCCUUUUCCCUCCGCCAUUCAAGCUCCACGUCGAAAAUAGCUCCAGUAGCACCAUGUCCCGAGACUCGGAACCAGACGCUGAGAUCCCGCGCCCCAGGAAAACUCCUUUGUGAGAUCAGAUUUGCUCCCGAGCUGCGGUUCUCACUUUGGCGCACAAGAGGCGGCUGUUUCUGGCUCCUGGUUCGUCUGGGCUCUUCUAUGCUUUGUUCUCUCAUGUGUUUGUUUUUGUACCUUUUGCCAAAGGAAUAUGGUCAAAAUUUGCAGAUAAGCUACUAGGAAGCUUUCUUCCUCUGCUAGAUUUGCAACUUCGCCAAGCCCAAGAUUCAUCUGCCUCACUUCCAGCUAUUUACUUUAUUUGAAGAAGGGAUCCUCUAGAAUAUUUGAAAGGGAUAUUUUUCCACAUUUAGCAUUAACGUGGGUUAGUUUGGUAUUUGGUUCUGUAUUCUGUUACUGAAUGGGGAACCUUCUGCCUUUUCAUGUCUUCAUGUUGUCCAGAUAUGACCCCCCUCCAGCGUGGGGGGGGGAUGUGAUGAUCUUGCCCUUUUAAGGGCAGGAAGUGGGCCCCAGUUAGACGUGAAUAAUUAAUUGCGGUGUCCUGCCAUCCAGCCUCAGUGCGGCGGAAGCUCUGGUUUGGCAUCAAUAGCAUGGUCAGCCCUUCCCGAAGGCGGUGCCCAAGCUGACCUGCACUCUUGUUCCCAUUCCCAGCAUCAGUUGCUAGCUUAGCCAUAACCCCCUUAAUUUUUCCCUUCUGACUUUAGCGGUAUAAUGCUAAAACUGUAUACCUGUUUCGUGUUUGUAUCUCCUGCCCUUAGAUGAUCCACGCAAAAUUUAAUUUCAGAAUACUGUUCAAUAGCAAUAGCACAUUCAUGUGUGAGGAUGGCUGUCUUUUGGUGGAGGGUAGGGCAGACCAAUGAGGCUGGCAUCCUGUCCCCUUAUGUGCCCUUUGAAUGAACCUUGAUUACAUUCUGCUUCACCACCAAGAACUAAAUGCUUAAUGUUGACUGCAGUAUUUUAUGUGUGUCCUGCCGGCACCAGAACUUUAAUGGGUUUUAUUUCAGUUCACUGUUGUAAUUGUAUCUCCACAACAUUUCAGAUAUGUAACUUGAUUCCCCUCACUGUCUGCCAAUUAAGCCCCCCUACCUUGCCAUUUAAAAAAAUGCCUAAACAAUGAAUGUCCAGGUACUGUAUCCACUUAGUGCUUUGGCUGUGGGUUUGUGACCAUUAAGGGAUGUCAGUCCUCGGAUUUCGGCUUCUCGCCGACCGGUCCACCUGUAAAGGCCAGUUCUGAGAUUUGGUCUGGCCUCCAUGCUGUGCUCGUCCCAGCAAACGCACCAUAGUGUGGUGUCUCCUGUGCGAAGGGGCCAAGUGUCCCAAUCCCCUGAGUCUAUACAGGCACUUUUCUCUGUGUGUUUCCUUGGAGGUGUGAGUUUGGCUGGGUCUUGUGUGGGUUUGGAUAGGUGGGUGGGUGUGUCACGGGCAGGGUGGUGUCUAGGUGUCUGAUGGGGGCAUUUUGUAUCCAGCGUACUGUAAUGUGUGUGUGUGUUGCACUGUAAGUGGAGCACAGUUCAGUGUACUGAGGUGCUCUCAUGUGUGUGUAUGUGUGCGUGUGUGUAUGUGUGUCUGAACACUGCUGUCCAACUCUGUUCCUUGAUGCCUUGUCCUCCCAUCUUUGCCCAGAGCCUUGAUUAUGUAAAGACUUUGCAAUCUACGUUUCACCAACACACAGGCCAUUUAAUGUGUGUGUGUGUUUGAGUGAACUUCAGAUUUUAUUUUUGAAUUCUUGCUCUGGACGCAUCGCCAAGAAACAAGUCUUAACACUUAAUGUGAAUUUUAUCAUGAAUAAUGAAAGCAAAUGGAAAAUGAACUCAAUACAGACUAUAUUUUUUAACUUGUAUAUUGUACAAUAAUAUCUUGUAGAGGAGAACAUACUCACUUAGCAUAUCUAAUUGCCAAUAAAGCAUUACUGUAUCUUUAAUCCCGCCUUCUGUGAGCAGCAGCCAAUCUGGUUUAUUGUGUUGUAUGUCAACCAAUGCAAGUAACCUCUGGUAUCUGUUCCUUGAUAACAAUAAAAUAAUUUUUAAAAUCCCAA